AUGAUCAGGACCUCUGGGCUCGCCGCCGUCCUGGCGGCGAUGGUUGCGCCCCUCAGCGCCAGUCUGAUCGAGCGACUCCCCGAGCCUACAGGAGCUCUGGACUUGCCAGUACGCGACGGCGUCUCCCCCAAGCCAACCGCCGCUCCGCUUGCCGGUCAGGUCUUCAAUUUUGCGCGGGAUGAUGGUCUGUCUGCCAUCGUUGCUUCCGACAACACCUGUGGUUACGUCUCCGCUCUCCAGGGUGCUCACUACACCUGUAUCGGAAGCGACUACUCUUGCGCUCUCAUUCCCGGUGCUGGAUCGUCAACUGGUAAUGUUGGUUGCUGUAACACGAAGGCCUGUACCGUUCGCAGGGGAUGUGUCGACUAUGCGGCCUAUUACUCUUCCAGUGCUUGCGACGAUGCUUGCAGGGUUGAUGCGUUUACCGUGAAAUGUAUCAAUUCAGCCACACCUUACUGCAACACCAUCUCGUUCGACGGUGAUAUUGUUGAUUAUUGGUGCAAUAACGUAGCAAUUGCGACUGCCCAGGCAGCAUUCACAACCUACUCUGGCGGCCCAAAUAGGGUCUAUAAAACGACAGUCCUUUUCGAAGAAAGCUCAAGCUCGGCAUCCUCAUCGUCUUCGUCUUCGUCCUCGUCGUCCUCAACCUCGAGCUCAACUUCUUCAUCAGCUUCGAGCUCUUCAACGAGUGACAGCAGCAACGGCGGCAGCAGCAAGAAUGGUGGUGGAGCUCCCAUCGGGGCCAUUGUUGGCGGUGUCGUGGGUGGCGUAGCUGCCAUUGGAAUUAUUGGAAUAAUCGUCUGGCUCAUUCUCCGUAAGAAGAGGUCCAACGCCGAAAAGCCUGCUGCUGCCGCCGCUGCCCCAGCUGGAGCUUACGGUGGUCCUCCUCAAUAUCCUCCCCCCUCAGGCAAUGACAACGGCGCCUACCCACCCGUCUCGCAGAUUCCACCUCAAGGCCAACCUUACAACCCCAAUUCCGGCUUCUACGACCCCAAGUUUGUCGCCAGCGGUGGUCAGCCAAAUUACGCUGCAACAGGCCAGUACCCUCAAAAUGGGGGUGGUUAUAACCCAGGCUACGGACAGCCACCAUCGUCAACGUCUCCAACUCUGUCGCCUGGCGAUCCUCGCUCCGCUGUUUCAGGAACCAGCCCUAGCCCGUCAAACUUCCAACAACCCGGCUAUGCCCAGCCCCCCCCUACCAUUCAUGAAGCGCCUGCAAAUCCGGCCCAGACACACCGCGGACCUAUGCACGAAUUGGCUUAG